UAAAGCAUACACGUUAGCUUUCGCAGCUAACAUUAGUUUUAAGCGAAAUAUACAUUUCCUAUACAGGGUUCAGACGACAGCAUGGACAAUGUGAAAUAUUUAAUGGUUUUUAUUUUAUGGGGUUUUAUGUUCUGUCCAAAUGUAGAAAGCAGAGAUGGAUAUUCGUAUGCAGACUGCACGUAUCUGCAAGGAAAUCAGGAGACUACCCAGUAUGGACGUCGAUGUUUUUGCUAUAACUCAGGCAGAGGCAUAAAAUGGAAGGACAUCUGGUCCACAUUCCAGGUCCGCAUAACGGAAACGGACAACGACGACAUCGUGGCGGUGUACCCGAUGGAGACGAGGAACUGCCACGACCCUGCGGACCUGCUGAUGCUGGCCAAGUGCACGGUGGAGCACUACUGGCCCCCCGCGGUGCAGCGAGGGAAGACCCUGGACAUCCCCCUGGUGGAGGAGGACGUCUGCUUCAUGGUCAAGAGCCCCCGGGCCAGCGCCUCCUACAACCUACAACUCUCUGGCAAACGAAUUAAUAAAAUGCGGUUUGGUCUCUUCCUCGGUGGACUGGCGCUGUUCUUCCUGGCUGGGAGCAUUUGCAGGAGUUCCAUCUUCUAUUACACUCUUGGGGUGUCGCUUGGAACUGUCUCCAUUCUACUUUUGUUGCUCUUUGUCUUGAAGAACUUCAUUCCAAAAAGAGGAGUUUUCCUGAUGUUUUUUGGCGUCAGCUCGGGCGUCUCCUAUCUGGGCCUGCAGAGAGUGAUGCUGGCGUGGGAGGACAUCACUAAACACUACUGGAGAGAGAUGCUCGGCUACCUGGCGGUGACGUGCCUGAUCAGUUUCGCCAUGUGCUACAAGCGCGGCCCCAUCUCAUGCGAACGGACGCUGUCGCUGAUGACGUGGUGUGUGCAGGGGGCGGCCCUGGCCCUGCUGUGGGCCGGCAUCUCCUACCCGCCCGCCGCCUACACCCUGCUGGGGGCGCUACUGAGCCUCAAGCUGCUGCCACUGCUGGCUGCACUGCUCUUCGCCAUCUGCAGGGGCAUCUGGGGCCUCCUGUGCGGCCUGGUGGGCCUGUUCCGGCGUAGGCCCAGUAGUAGUAGUAGUGGUCGGCCGGCAGCGCGGCGCUUCCUGACGGAGGAGGAGUACCGUGAGCAGGGGGAGGUGCAGACGCGCGCCUCCCUGGAGCAGCUGAGGGAGUCCUGCAGGACACCUGGCUUCCCCGCCUGGGACACCGUGCUCAAACUCAGCAACCCACAGAGGUUUGCAGAGUUCCUGCGGGGUGGCUCGCACGUGAACAAUGCAGAGCAGGACUCGCACGAGGUGCACUACGGUCUGGGAGGAGCCUACUACGAGAACGUGCUCUUCAACGGAGAACGGGAGCGCGGCUGGGGCCUCCACCACGGCCUCGGAGACAACCUCUACACCGCAGGAGGAGGUGGAGGAGCAGGAGGACGUGUCAUAGACGGAGGUGACAUCAGUGAGGACGAACCAGAGCCCGUGUACUCCCACGCGCCUCCUCCCCGGAGCCCUUCACCCCCGGCCCCCAGCCCCAGCCCCAGCAUGCACACGGCGGCCUCCUCCAACAGCUUCCUGCCCCCCUACAUGCCGCCGCACUGUGCACCUCCAUCGCCACCACCCACCCAGUUCAUGUUCUGCCCCUACCCCCCGGCCCCGGCCUCCGCGCUCUACCCCGAGCCCAUGGAGGUGGAGGAUGAGGAUGAGGACCUUUUCUAGGGGGAGGCACUGCUCACCCGACACCGCAGGACACUCAGUUCGAACGGGUGCGUUGGAUGUAACCAAUGGUUCAAAGUGGUAGUAAGUAAAUAUUUUGUACACCGUCUAAUUACACUUGCGAUUUUAUUGCUCAGAACGUUUCGGUCAUUUAGAUCAGUGUUUCCCAACCAGGGGUACGUGCACCACUAGGGGUACGCCCAACACACUGCACGCGUGGAAAAAUGAACAGAUGUAUGGAGCACAGUCACAUUGGGAUAUAGAACAUGACUGAGGGGAUACUCAUGGUAUGACAAAAAGGCUUAGGGGGUAUACAAGAAAAAGAAGUUAAAAAGGUUGGGAAACACUGGUUUAGACCCAAGAGUUAAAUUCACAUGAAGGUCAGAACGACCAGAGCGUUAUGAGCAAUAACAUUGCAAAUCUAAUGGACGGUGUUUGGAAUGUUUACUUACUACUUGGAUGACAUGCUGAACCAACAGUGCUUUGGGGCCUUGCUGUCUAGGCCUAGCUCAUAGGACCACUAUCAGAGGAGAUACCUCACACCUCACCUGGCUACUACCUACCAAAGCCAUGGACGUAAAUGCUUAAGAGUUGAGAGAAUGAAUACAUUUGGAGUUCAGGGGUGCAUUUCUCAACCAUAGUUGCUAACAAUCCUAGUUCCUUUGUAGGUUGCAAUGCAAUUGCCGAUUGGCAACUACCUCAGUUGCUAACUGGCUAACAACUACGCUUUUGAGAAACCCAGCCCAGUGCACUGACUUGUCCGCCAGUAGAUGUGGUAGCCCCUUCCCCUUGCCCCCAGGUGUCAUCAGCCAAAACUGGAUAGAGAGGACACUAUAUGUAAGAACCGUUGUGAACAUUUGAAAUAUUAUUGGUAUCUGUUCUCUUAAUUUUUCCUUUUUAGGUUUUCGUUUCAUUACUUUUAAAGUACAUUACAGCAAUCUUUUUUUUAAAUGUUCAGUUGAAUGUAGUUUGAAACAAUUUUUUUCUCUGUUUUGUGCUCCUCAUUUUUGUUUGUUUGUUGUUUUUUAAACAAUGCGCCUCCCACUCACUCCCAAACAUAUCCGAGCCGAACGUGUCUAUCGGGCCUGCUGUCUCUCGCCAACAGUGGAAGAAAAUUAGCGUGAUGACACUGAAGUGAUUGUUUACAGCUCUCAGGUGGAUCGGAUUCAUCAUUAGCAAAGAUUCUGGAACAUUUUGUGUUUUUUUUCUUUCCCUCAUCUCCUACACCAAGUGCCUGUGGCAAAUCCACUGAGCGAGUCAACUGUUUGUUUUUUUCUCUGCAUAGUGAAGUGUCUUUUUUUCACUCUGAUCAUACACUAAAUUCAAGCACUGCAGAAAAGAAGCUAUGCUGUACUGUACUGUGCUGGUGCUCAAAGACUUUGGGGAGCUCCUGCCCUCUAGUGUCAAUCUGUAGUCAUGGCAUUCUCAGGGACUGCCACCACAGUGUGCAUGGACUUUUGAGAAAAAAAAAUAGAAAUACGGUUCUGAUAUGUCGGUUUGCGUCUUGGCAGCUUUUUCUUUGUCCAAUUAACUGCAUAUUUGUCUGUAAAAUCAUCUGUCAGGUAACAUUAUUUGAACAUAAAUUAGAAAUGGUUUUAAAAACAUUUGUUCUGCAAGAGAAUCAUAAGUAUCAGUCCAAAACCCUGUUUGAAGUCAUCAGCUGACUGUUAAAAUCUAACAUUGUGUCUUGUGUGUUUCAUAGAAAAAGCCUUAUUCUAUUCUACAUUUUUAUGUCCACUCUGUCUGUAAACAAGCUAAUUGGCUUGAGGUUUGCUGUGUUGUUAACGGUUUCAAAAUCAUGACAGUGCCAGUUUUAGCGUUUUUUAAUUCAUAACUGUUCCUUAAAUUAUAAGUAUGUGAUGAAGAAUUUUUCUCCUUUGAAUGGCAUGCUGUCGCAAAAAAAGUCUUUUCAAUGACAAAACUUUUAUAGAGGAAGUAAGAAUCCAACAAUUUCACAAUGUUUCAUUGAUUUUUAAAUAAAUACAGCCUUAUUUUUUAUUGUA